AUGGUGGCAUCAACAACAAAGAGAAUGCAGACGACGACGACAUUGAACAAAGAGAUGUUUAAAAGAUCAAUAUCGAUCCUCGGAUUGAAAGCACCUAAAUCUGGUUUAAAGACAUUGGUCACUGAAUUCAAAGGGUUCCUAUUUUGUAGACAAAAGUUUAAACAUAUUGUAGAUGCAGAUACAGAUGAGAACAAAGUAGUAUUGUUAAGUGAAACAAUUAAGAAUGAAACUGAAUUACCUGAAAGAUUAAGAGAAUAUAUAGACAAGAAUAAAUUACAAGUUGUCAAUCAUGGAGUACAAUUAAACUAUGAAAACUAUUCAUAUGAAGAGGUAUUAAAGGAAUCGUUGCCAGAGAAUGUACCAGUUCCCUAUGCAUUUGAGAGGAUUGGACAUAUCGCUCAUCUCAACUUGCGUGACGAACAACUACCAUUCAAAAAUAUCAUUGGACAAGCGAUCAUUGACAAAAAGGGACCCGGUGUCAGAACGGUUCUCAACAAGAUUGGAAAAAUAGAUACUGUAUUUAGAACUUUUAAUUUUGAAUUAUUAGCUGGUGAUAAUGAUUAUAUUGCUGAAGUUAAAGAAAAUGAAUGUACAUUUAGAUUUAAUUUUGCAGAUGUGUAUUGGAAUAGUAGACUACAAUAUGAACAUGGACAAUUGGUUGAAUCGUUUACAAAGGAUGAUAUAGUGUGUGAUAUGUUUGCUGGAGUCGGUCCGUUUGCAGUACCCGCUGCCAAGAAUAAAAAGGUGCGUGUCUAUGCCAACGACUUGAAUCCACACUCGACCAAAUACAUGGCAGAGAAUGCUGCACGUAACAAAGUGUCGACGUCGGCCACUACCUCUAAACCUCUGCUGUCGAUAUUCAAUAUGGAUGCUCGUGCAUUCAUCAGAAAGCUUCUGCUCGAGACAUCCCCACCUAUCCCAUUUACACAGGUCGUUAUGAACCUGCCAUCGACAAGUGUCGAGUUUUUAGACGUCUUUAAAGACAUUUUCCUCAGCCAUACCAUUCCACCUCCCAUCCCACCUCCAACCAUCCACGUCUACACCUUUGUGUCGGCUGGCGACGACAUCUCUGAGCGUACUCGAGCCGAAGCCGAAAAAAUACUCCAACAUCCACUUCCAAACGACUACCAGUGCUACGAAGUACGUGAUGUCGCUCCAACCACUAGAAUGAUGCAUUUAUCAUUCAAAAUGCCAACUAUUUUAAAAUAUCAAGAAACAACAGAAGUAUCAACAUCUGAAAGUUUAAAUAACAAUAACAAUAAUAAUAAUAAUUUAAAAAGAAAAGAUACUGAACAAGAUACAACUACUACAACUACUACAACCACAACCAAUGUAGAUGAACAUACAUCGAGCAAACCAGCAGAUAUCAAUGAUACCGCCGUCUCGGUAUCGGGUGAAGGAGAGGACAAGGUUAAAAAGGCAAAACUAACUGAUGACCAUUCAAAUCAAUAA